GACGAUUUCGGCUGAUAAAUUUGGACGCGCGGGCGGGAGAAGGGGAGAAAACGCGGAGCCACACCCCGUGUCGAAACCCCAGGGCGCCAAGCUUCCCGCGGGCCACCGCCGCUGCCGAUGCCGGUGCCGAAGCCGAUGGAGAGGAAGCAAGCCGCCUACAGCAACCUCGAUGAGAGGUACGCGAUCCAGGGGGAGAAGUACCAGGGGCAGCAGUACAGCCAUAUCUACUUCACGCGCCUCCACCACAUGCGGAAUCUCCUCCACGCCCUCGUCCCCUCCUGGAAGCCGCAACUCCCUGUCACUACAGUGUUAGGACUUGAAGAAGGAAAGGAUUGCAUAAUUGUUGGAACUUUAUAUAAGCACAUGAAGUUGAAGCCUUCAAUUCUUGAUGAAUAUGCCAAAGAGAGGUCUGCAAUUCCCCUUGUCAAACCACAUAAUUUCAUGCAUCCUGAUGAUCAUCUCAUUCUGGAAGAUGAAAGCGGAAGAGUUACACUUGCAGGAGCCAUACCUCCAGCAGCAUUCGUGACUGGGGUUGUAGUGGCUCUCCAUGGGAAGGAAACAAGUGCUGGCAAUUUUCUUGUGGAAGAUGUUCUUGAGGCUGGUCUUCCACCCCAAAGUGCAUUGUCUAGCGCAGAAGAAGACAAGUAUGUAGUAUUCAUAUCAGGGCUAAGUGUAGGAAGUGACACAUUCAAUCCUCUACAGUUCCAACUUCUUAUUGACCAUGUCACAGGACAUCUGGGUGACGAGAAUGAGCAAUCCAUAGCAUCAAAUAUAGUACGCAUUGUGGUUGUUGGGAAUUCAGUGCAUAUUUCACCAAGGUUUGUCAAUGGUCAGACGGUACCAUCAAAAGAUCAAUCAAGGAUAGCAGAACCUAUUAAGGAACUGGAUAUAAUGCUUACCCAGCUCGUGGCUUCGUUGCCUGUAGAUAUGAUGCCGGGGUGUCAUGAUCCGGCAAAUUUUUCUUUGCCUCAGCAGCCUCUGCACAGAUGCCUUUUCUCUGGGGCAUCCACCUACAACACUUUUUCGUCUUGUUCAAAUCCCCAUCAAUUCGAGCUUGACAGUGUCCAGUUUCUUGGAACAUCUGGUCAGAACAUAGAUGACCUGUACAAGUACUCUGAUGCUAAAGACAAGCUGGAAUUCAUGGAAAGAACACUGAGAUGGCGCCAUCUUGCUCCUACUGCUCCAAAUAGCCUAGGCUGUUAUCCAUACACAGACAAGGAUCCUUUCCUUGUUGAAAGUUGCCCGCACGUCUACUUUGUUGGGAAUCAAGAUAAAUAUGAAACUCGACUGUUGGAAGGGCAAGAAAAACAGAAAGUGAGGCUAAUCUCCAUCCCAAGGUUCUCGGAGAGUGGAGUUGCUGUAAUGCUCAAUCUGAGGAACUUGGAAUGCAGCACAUUGAGUUUCUCAACAAGCUUUGAUGCCUGAAUAUGCUCUGAUGUUUGGAAGUGCAGAAGACUUCAAUGUACAAUGUUGAGCGGCAUGACCACGAGGGUGUAUUUGUACUAGAGCAGUUCUUUAUUAGAUGUAUGAUGAUGACCUUAGGUUUUGCCAAGUAGAUCUUUUAGAAUGCAGAUGCUGUAACUUGUAACCACAACCGAAACUGAGGCUGGACCGAGUGUAGCGUUUAACAAUCGAGUUGGUGCUCAUGCCUCGUUUUGCAAUCACAAUCAGCAGGCACGUUUGUCAGAUGUGCUACUCUUUUAUC